AUCUGUUGUUUUGUAAUCCUUUUCAAAUCCUCUUAGAUAUGCAUAUCAUAUGGUAGCGGGAAUUUUAUGCUAUGAUUUGUAAGAAUUAUAGUGGGGAAUACAAUAUUUGAUCGUUUAUUCAAUAUUUUUGUGAUUAUUGAACAAAAACCUUACUUGAUUAUAAAAUAAUUAAAUCGAUAGAAGAAGAUAAAGGACAAAAGUGUUCCCUGAAAUUUUAAGUUAAGUGAUGAAUUCUGUAAUUUACCAAAUUGAAACGUACAUAAUUUUUGUGAAAAAAACUAAAUAUUAGUAAGAGUACUCCUAAUAAAAUAGAUUUACUUUCUGACGACAAAUCUAGAACAAGAAAACCUAACUCUCCAUCCAAGCCUCUCGGUCCAAAACUCGGCGUUUUCUUUAAAGUCGUUCAUCUACCCACAGCAAUGAAGAGGUGUGAAAAUCUCAAGAGCAAGUUGCCUGAUUGUAUUGUAUCUUACAUCUUUUCCAAGUUAAGUAUGAAAGAUUUGGUAAAAACUAGCACAUUGUCGAAACAAUGGCUUCACGAAUGGGGUUUCCGUACAGACCUCAACUUUGAUCUCCAAAACAUGUUUCACUAUAAUACAAUUCAAGAGUUGCCAAAAAACUUUCCACUUCUCCAAUCUCAAUUUGCCACAAUAUUGGAUCAAUUCAUGAUGCAUUACCAAGGUGCCAUGAUCCAUUCAAUCCGAGUAAAUUUUCCAUUAGGUGACCAACAUAGGGAUGUCAUUGACAAAUUGAUUUCCAAAGGAAUUGCUAAGGGUGCCAAACGUAUUGAACUGCUAUUCUCGAACGAAACUAAUUAUACUACUGAUUUUAUUUUUGAAGGGGAGCCAUACAAAUUUCCCUUUACUCUCUUAUCUGACACAUACUCUCUCACACAUCUGCACCUAGAGAAAUGCCUCCUAGUAGCACCAAUGGACUUCUCUGGAUUCAAGAAUUUGAGAACUCUUGUGUUGCAUAUAAUUGAUGUGAGUCAAGAUAUGUUUCGGGGCCUAUUUUCCAACUGCAUCCAUCUUGUAGACUUCACCCUUGAUAACUGUAACUUCAUCUCUGACAUACAAAUAACCAGUUCAACAUUGUUUCAUUUGAACAUUGUUAACUGUGGGAUUAGCAUUCAAGAGAGGAAGAAAAUAGACAUCUCUGCGCCAAAUCUCUCAUCUUUUCAGUAUUCUUCUUGUAUUGAUUGUCAAGUACACCCAAUAAAAAUUGAGGCUCAUAUGUUGUCCAAGUUUAGCUUCACCGGUGGUGAAAUAUUUAGAAUUUUUAAACCAGUUGGAUUUUCUGGAUUAAAAAAUGUGACAACUAUUGUGUUGGAUGGACUUCUUGAAUGUUUAUGUGAAUUCAUCGUGCCUAAGUUGUUUUCUAAAUGUUGCCAACUUGAGGAUGUCACCUUCAAGAAUUGUCGUAUCAUGUAUGAUUUGACUAUUACAAGCCGAAAGCUGCGUCAUUUGAAAAUAAUUGACUGUGGCUAUAAACAUCUCACUCCAGAUGAGAUAACUGUUGUUGCAUUGAAUCUCUCAUCCUUUGAAUAUAGUGGCUACACAAGGGAACUUCAUGUUAAAGCUCCAAGGUUAUUGAAGGUUUUUUGGAAUGCAACUAAGGAAGAGAGAUAUCCACAUCAUCUCUUUGGUGCAAUUCCAAGAUCACGUCAUGUUCAGAAUUUAGCUAUGAUCAUGAUGCCUUCACAGAUAGCGAACUUAACGAAGGUCUUGGUUCAAUUUCAAAACCUUCAACAAUUGGAGUUAUUAAUCGAGGGAGCAUGUGAUCCUAAUAUGGACUACUUUUGGAUUUUAGAUAUUAUAAUGGCUUCUCAGCAUCUCAGAAAACUUUCUCUGACAAUUAGAAAUUCACAUGUGGAUGGAUCUCAUAGGCAAAGAAGAGAACAUGGAAAGUUUUUUCAUAAUUAUUUGAAAUAUGUCGAGUUACGUGGUUGUGUUUGCACCAUGGACGUGAUUGAGUUAGCCAGUCAUCUAUUGAGGAAUGUGAAUUCGCUCAAGCAAAUUACUUUCAGUUCUUGUGACAAAUUCUAUAUAGGUGCCGAAAGAUGGACUAAAACCUCAAAAUAUUGUUGCUAUGAUGGUAACCUUAUUCAUGAGGUGCUUAAAGAUGAAGUAGAUGAACAAUGCCAACUUAUAAUUUUGUAGUGUUAUUUAUUUAUUUUUGGUAAUAAAAGAGGGCUGAUGCCCCCAGUGUUUUGUGCCUAUACAUUGUUUUGGAAAACGGGGUAUACAUUGUUUUGUGCCUCUUUCUUUUCCCUUCUAAAGUGUAUUUUCCAAAGCUUUCUCUCUCCCCCUCUCUGUAUUCAGCACCGCUUUCUCUCUUCCUCAAGCUCCACCACCGCCUAAAAUAUCUAACCCCUUAUCAAUGACGCAAAACAUUGCAUUUUUCCAAUACACACAUAUUCACAUCCAUCUCCAUUCCCAUUUCCUUUCCUUCUGCGUGCAGCAAACUUCUUCUACUCCCUCUUUCAUCUGUUCUAUCUCUGAGAACCAUGACUAUGACUUAACCCCCUCUCUCUCUCCUUCUUUCUCUCACCUAUCCGCCGCCACCAUCGAUUCCCGCCGCCAUAACCCUAGCGGAGCUCUGGAAAAUCACCACCACCAGCCGUUGCAGCACCAUCUCUAAUCAUUUCCUCACCCUCAAACCAUUCAACGCCGCCUCAACCAUGUUUGAUUCCGAUCAAAUCAGAAUCGCUGCAGAAAGGGUUUUCUCACUUCUCUUCUCGAUAACCGCAAGAAAGUGAAAAAUUAGGACGGCAAGCCUGAGACGGACAGCCACGGUCCCAACCUUAUCAACACCGGAGGUGUACUAAAUAGUCAAUUGAGAACCAGCAGAAAAAAUUCAAGGAUGUUUGCAGGAUGUUUCACUCUUAUCACAUUCGAUUGGUUUGGGUUUCAGAAAUCUACGUCGGUGCCGCAAAUGGCUAAUGUUGCUCCAGUUCCAUUCUCACCGAAGGAUCGUGAUAUUCAAGUACAUUUUUGCUUUAAUGUAUUUAUAUUAUGGACAUCCCUUGCCCUAUGAUGUUGCAACCGAGGCACUCAAAUUCAAAGUGAGACACAUCAACAUUUGGUUGGAUUCAGUGUUGGAAUCCGAAAGAGUGCUUAAGGAGGUAGUUUGGCUGGAGGUGUUGUUACUGUCAUGAGCUGCUGCUGCUGCUGCCGUGAGAUGUUUCUGCGGGUGCUGUUGCUGUUUGCGUUCGGCGGUGACAGCUAGGGAUGAUGUGCACAUCAUCCCUACGUGGCUGGGUGGGUUUUUGGUGCGGGAUAACUGCUAUAGUGGUUGUUUGAUUUGCUGUCUAGCUUUUUCUUUCUUUUUUUUCCUGCUACUGGUUUUGCUUUUCUGUUGUUGGCUGGCCUUUUGUACUGCUCCUUGCCCUGUUAGGCACUGCUUGUGCCGGGGUUUGUUAAUCAAUAUAUGCUGAUUUCAAGAAACAUUUGGUUGGA